UGUUUCAAGAUGGCGGACGUGGCGGGCCCCUCCCGCUCGGGCGCCCCGGCGUUCUGGAGUCGCGACAUUUCUGAUGAAGAACAAUCAGUAGUAUAUGUUCCAGGAAUUUCUACAGAAGGAAAUAACAGAUCAAGAUACAAGUCAAGUCUAAAAGCUGAUGGUAAAGUUAAUAUGUCCAAAGUGACUCAUACUUCAAUCGAUAUGGAGUCUUUAAAAGGUGCCGGAGAUGCAGUAGGUGAACAGAAUUUGUGCAAGGAAGGAGCAAAGAGUGCAUCGUUGAAGGAUUUAUGUCUGGAAGACAAAAGGCGCAUUGCAAACCUGAUUAAAGAACUUGCCAGAGUAAGUGAAGAAAAGGAAGUGACAGAAGAACGACUAAAAGCUGAGCAGGAGUCAUUUGAAAAGAAAAUCAGGCAGUUAGAAGAACAGAAUGAACUGAUCAUCAAAGAAAGGGAAGCUCUUCAGCGACAGUAUAGAGAAUGCCAAGAACUUCUAAGUCUCUAUCAGAAAUACCUAUCAGAACAGCAAGAAAAGCUCAACAUGUCUCUCUCAGAACUUGGUGCUGCUAGAAUGCAAGAACAACAGGAAAGCAACAAGAAAAGCACUGUCCAGUCUUCAUCUACAGAAUUAGGAGGUUCUUAUAUGAGUGUAGCUAAAACACACUACUAUCAAACCAAACAAAGGCCUAAGUCUGCAAACCAUGACUCAGUUUCAGAAUCUCUUAAGGAACUUAGAAAUAAUACUUUGAAACCGAUAAUCCUGCAUCAUCCCAAAGAAGGUCUAGACAGGGUGACAUCAGAAACCAGAACAUGUACUUAUGAACCUUCAGAAAGAAAACCAGUGGAUACAAUGUCAAAAGAAAGAGCUGCAACAGAAGAACUACAGAUGAAGGAAUGUUCACACCCUAAGCCUAUUCCUUCUAGUCAGUGUUGUGUUCAUAGGCUUUCUGAAAAUGAAGAUCAUAUUUAUGAAAGCCAUUCCUCAAGCAUGGCCCCUCAGUGUUCUAGAACACACCCAGAAUCAUGCAGUUAUUGUGGGCACUCUUGGGAAUUUCUCAUGCAUGCCAGAGGGGCACUGCAAACCAGUGAAAUUGAUGUCAAAAAGCAACUCUCAGAAGAUAGAAGGCAACAACUGGUGCUUCAGAAAAUAGAACUGGAAAUUGAAAAGGAACGCCUUCAACAUCUGUUGGCUCAGCAGGAGACAAAGCUUCUCUUAAAACAGCAGCAGCUUCAUCAGUCUCGAAUGGAUUACAAUUGGUUAAGAACACAAACUGCAUUUAAGCCCAGAGAGGAUGCUGAUAAAGUGUUUACUAAACCCAGAGAGCUCAAUCUGGAUGUAAAUGGGAGUUACUCUGCACCAAGUUUCUUAACGUCAAAAUGUGAUGAAUGGCCACCUACAACCUCAGCAUCCUUUAAAAAGUACCAAGGCUCCCCACAUAGUAAAGAGAACAACAAAAAGGAGAAGAAGACCGUUGGGUUUCAGUCAUGUAUAGAAGAUGAUGCCCAGUGGGUGUGUCCAAAAACAGAUACAUGCAAACCCCAAAGAGUAACAGUGACAGAAGUUAGAAAAGAUGCAUCCACAUCUCCUAUCUUAAUAAGAAGCCAAAAGGAGCUUGUAACCUCGGCCUCCUCAUCAUCCCAAUAUAACAUCUCUCAAUUAAAAGUGACAGAAGUUAGAAAAGAUGCAUCUACAUCUCCUAUCUUAGUAAGAAGCCAAAAGGAGCUUGUAACCUCGGCCUCCUCAUCAUCCCAACAUAACAUCUCUCAGUAUGAGACAUCCCUGUUGGAUUUGGUUCAUUCUCUGAGCCCAAACUCUGCUCACAAGCCUCGUCCUCAUUCAUUCAGAGAAGUUGGGGCCCAGAAUCACAAUGCUUUGCGACUUAGCCCUCAAAAGUCAAUCUGGAAGAAGACGGGAACACAUAGGACUCCUGAAGACCUGGAGGAGAAUCAAAUUCUGGAAGAUAUCUUUUUCAUUUGACUCCAAAGCAUAAGCUACAAAAUUUCCACAGGAAAUUUGUGGGUUUCUUCACAUACUGAUCUAGGAUGUUAAAAUGAUUGAUUACAAAGUAAUUGUGAGUCUCCUUUCACAGGGACGUAUCUCACUGACACCCUACAAUGUAUUGAACAUAGAAUUUUCCCUAAACAACCCAAGGUGUUUUUGAUCAGACUAAUCAGUAGAUAAUACAUUAAAGGGAAGUAAGCUGAGGAAUAGUACCAUUUUAUGCCAGGGAUUAGAAACUUAGGGUACUUUUUGCAUGGCAGACAUCGUUGUAUAUUCAUUGUCAUUUAAAGAGUGUUUCCUUCUCAAUCGCCUGAGGAGAAAGAUUCGUUCUCUUUUGUACACAACAAAAACCUUUCCUCUCAAAGAUACCUCAAAUACCUUGUGACAAGCAAAUUUCAUAAAGACGUUUACAUUCUCCCCCUGUUCUCUCACCACUGCCUUUCUGUAAGUGUGAUCCUUUAAUUCUAAAGUUUGAAUUGGUACCUCUACCACCAGAAGCACUGGGAAUAAGUUGUGAGUUAGUUGUAGUAGUCUUCAGCCUGGUAACUGACCUUCCUAAAACCAAAAGGUCCAUUGGGCUAGAAGAAAGGACUCAACCAACUCUUGGAAACAAGCAGCAUUAAAAUGCAUGUAUGAAUAAUGGUCCUGGAAAAAAUUCAGAAGAGAAACAAGCUGAAUACUUUUCCUACCAAUGUUCAUGUUUCUGCCCCUGUAGUUUCCCUGGAUGAAGAAAAGCAAGCUCUAGAUAUUUCUUACUGACCCAAGUAUCAUAUCAGUUCACCUUCUAUCAAAUGUGCUCUUGUAAAUUGCCAUAGUUAUAUCUGGAGAAGAUUUCUUCAGAUGGAGAGUGGCGCCCAGCAGCUACAGCUGAUAGGCUUCCACUGGCAUUUCUCCCCCCAUGCAGGUGAAAGUUCCUGGUUGUCCAGGCCUUGCAUGUUUUCUGUCUAUGAAAACCAUGUAGUUUGGGUAGCCUCCAUGUCCAAGAGAAAAUCUCAUUGUCCCUACAGGCUGUCCUAUUGCGUCUACCCAGUCUUCCUUUACUUGGGUCUUUUCUUCUUUGGAGGAAAGAAUGACAUUUUCUUAAUCCAAAGUAAACCCAAGGGUAGAACUAAGCUAAUGGUAAAUGUUUUCUUGAAAAGUUGAAAAAUUAUUGAAGAUUCCAAUUUCCUUUUAAAUUUAUCCCUCUGAGAGUAGCCAAUCAGUUUCACUCCAUUUCAAAGAGCUUUUGUAAUAUGGAGCUUUCUUUGUUGUGUCUAAAGUGAGUACAUGGCAAAUAGGCAUUUUGAAAGAGAAAGGUUAUCACCACAAUCUUCAUAUGUCCUCUCUACACACCACCAGUUGCCAUUCUCUAUACAUUUUAUGUUGGUAUGAGGGAAAUAAGAUGUGAAUUUGUUUAUAAUGUAAUAUCUUAAUGGUUAAUUGAAUAACAUGCUAAUGUUUUCCUCAAUAUUAAAAUUACUUUGAGAUAUGUAUGUUCUAGUAGAACCUUGAGGCCUAACUUCUUAUUCCACUAAGAGAGAGCCUGACACAAAGGGCUCGACCCUUCAGAGAGAGAGAGAGAGAGAGAGAAUAUUCCCAGCAAGCUGCUUUAGAUUUGUUUGCCUGUCCAAGAUUUCCCCAAAACAAGACUGGACACACAGUAAGGGUACUGCAAAUAGAAUUACAACAAUGCCUAUCCUGCUACCCAUCAGUUUAUGAGAGAAAAACCAAUCAGUGUUUGUAAAAUGGAAAAUGAUGGAGUGUGUCCAUUAAAACUUCCUAAACAAGGCCCACAGUGCUUGAUUUAGAAAAACAAGGUUAAUCAAGGAAAACCUUCUACUGAUGUCACACUUCCAGGAGGCACAGUGUUGAUCAGCUCUGGUCUCCUGGUGGGAACUUAUCCAGAGCACUCAGAUGUCAUGAAGAAAGAGGAAUGCUCCUAUAGAGUCAUUCUUCACUUGUUCCUGCUUCCAGUACCAGGUUCAUUUUGGAGAGUGGCUGACCAAAUUCUAUAGAAGGGGAAGAAGACUUAAAAGAACAGAGCUGAGUACUGUCAGAAAACAGAGUCGUAGGCUCUGGAGAUUCCUCAGAGUUCACAUUUUAUCUAUAAUUCAGUGUACAUUAUUUUUAAUGUGGACAGAUUUUUAUAUACAUAUGAAUUUUAAAUUAAUAAAUUAUCUUUAUGACUA